UAUGACUCAUGAGCUACCAUUGGAAACGACACGCGGUGGUCUAUCUUGGGUUAGUUAUUAAAAUCUUCGGAGUAGCUUGCAAGGAGGCAGGAGCGAAUGGUGGCGGUGCGCAGCGAGGAAGUGGCGGGGAUUUAGCUAAAACACUGUGUAAAGCUAUUAGAAUCGCUCCGGAAUGCAGUGGCAGUAGACACAGUAGAGGAAUACUCUUUCUAGAUAUCAUAAACGGAGCUAAACACAUUGUGUUUGCAGUCCUGUAAUGAAGUUAUCUGGAGCUGUCAGUCCUGACAAGCUGACAGGAAGGGAACAGCAUUCAUGGAUGUAGUGGAUACUUUCAACCAUUUGAUUCCCAGUGACCAGUUGGAUGACUCCAUGCUGAUAGGGCAGAACUUGGAAUGUGAAGCAAGUAAUGACUUUGGAACAGGUGUCGACCAGCUGGGAGACUCACUGAGGAACAUGCUUAGUGAUAAAGAUCCCAUGUUUGGAUCUGCAAGUUCACACUUCAAUAUCUUAGAUAAUGAAGACGCCAACUUCCAGAUCGCCGAAGCAACAGUAGUUGCAGAUGUUGAUGUUGGUGCAACAGAGGGCAUCCUCGGUACCGCUGGUGGUGGGUUGGCUGGUACAGAGACUCCGCCAGUCAAACGGUCUGUUGGCAGACCCAGGAAAUACGCAUUAGGAGUUACCCCAGAGCGAAGUGCAGGCAGAGGGUCUUCAAACAACAAAAAGCCCCCGGGAAAACCUGGGAGACCUAGAAAGAAGUCCAUUCUGAGUGAGAAGAUCACUACUGCUGAUGAAUUAAGGAGAGAGCUUCACCUGGGUGGCGGCAGGGUGAAUAUAAACGACCUUGACUUGGGCUCGUCGAUGAACCCCGUCGUUGUGUUACAGAGGCUGACGGUCACUUUCGGGGGUUUCAAAAUCGAGCUUCUCCCGGGACCCUCCUUUACCGCUUUCACAUCAGCUGAAAACACUGACGAAUGUUAUGAGGAUGGCUCGCUGUACGGUGAAGGGAUGGAAUACACUAUGGUACAAGAGGAACCGUUACACAUACAGAAUCCCACUGCAGGGAGUGGAGGGGGCGUGGGUGCUGCUCAGCUCUUCGUGAAGUACUGUGCUGACGACUUGCCCCUAGGGCUCGGACCUUACGUCAACCCCAAUGACGUUCAGGCCUCCAACGGGGCGCUUCCAGGUAGUCCUUGCUUGGUCGAGACCAAACUCGACGACCAAAGUGAUUCUCAGAAGCAUGAUCCAGCGGAGGUGAGGAAAGAUGCCGGCAUCAAGAAAGCAGCGCAGCAGCACCUGCCAAACAGCAAAGUUCCUACCACUAAUAAUCCAGCCAAAAAGCAGCAGCCUAAGCUGAAGCUGUCAGCACUGUCCUCCGCUAAGAACAAGCACCUGUUAGCUGGUAAGGGGCCCAAAGGAACGCAACAACACGCCCUGGGGAAGAAGCUCCACCAGAGAGGCAACAUGCACAAGAUGGACGAAAUGAAAGCCAAACAAGUCAUCGUGUCCUUGAAAAGGCGAGGUGAAUUCAACCCAGCUCAACCCGGCCCUAAGAUUCAGAGGACGCAAGACGGACGUCCUGUGAAACUAAAGCAGAGAUUACCUGACGUGGGCCGCGGCGGUCCGGUCAAAAAAACACUGCCGUCUGGAAAGCGUCCUCCUGGUAUGUCGCCCGGGACGACGAUUACAUCCAAACCGUCUAACUCUCACGUGGCCGACACGCAACCACAACCCCAGUUUGGCUGGACACCAUGUAAACGUGCCAAUCCUCAGAAGGAGACAUCGGAGGAGGAGAAGGAGGAGGAGCAAGACGAGCCUAAAGUGAAGAAGCCAGACAAGUGUCUUCAGAAACAGAGAAGCAGGAACGUCAGCAGAAGCAUCUCCGUGGAGGAACCACAGCUCUUCAUCCCCGACAAUGCUCCUGCCGUCGUGAAGAAGGAAACCAGUGAAGAAGAACAGGCUAAAGAAUCUGGGAAGGGACCAGAAAAGGAACCUGCAAAUAGUGAGACCGUUGUGUGGGAUCCAAACAAGAACUGUGGAUUGUGCAAUAAACCACAUAGUAACAAGUUCAUGGUGGGCUGUGGGCACUGUGAUGACUGGUUCCAUGGGGACUGUGUUGGUCUGGACCUGGCCAAGGUGAAGCAGAUGGAAGGUGGGGACCAGGAGUAUGUCUGUCUGCAGUGCUGUACCAAGGACCAGUACACCACCACCAAGGAGCCAGGCGGUGCUGUGCAGGGGGAGGCCAGGGCAGAGGGACAGCAGAAGCCCUCUGAGACCCAGGACAACAAGAUGGCCGCCAAGCAGAAACAGCCGUCCCCACAUCCUGUCACCUUCGGGGGAGUCAGGCCCUUCAGAAAGGACUCUGUGGAAAGAAGACAGUCGACUGAGGUCAAAGAUUCUACGCCGAAAUCAGGAGUGUCAGUCAAACAGGAGACCAAGAGGCCCAAGGUGUCGUCUCCCUCCUCUAAGAAACCGGUGUCUGUUGACCAGAUCAGACGGAGCGUCCGUGACGCCCUGAAGGACAUCCUCCUGAAGAGGCUGAAGGAGUCUGAUUUCCAGGCGUCACCAGAGAAGGCUGCUGAGGUGGCCAAGAAGACUGAGAGAGAGCUGUUUGCCUUCUACAGAGACACAGACUGCAAAUACAAGAGCAAGUACCGGAGCUUGAUGUUCAACCUCAAAGACACCAAAAACAAUGUGUUAUUCAAGAGGGUUCUGAAAGGGGAGAUUUCUCCUGGCACUUUGAUAAGGAUGAGUCCUGAGGAACUGGCCUCAAAGGAGCUGGCUGCAUGGAGACAGAGGGAGAAUCGACACGCGAUUGAGAUGAUUGAGAAGGAGCAGAGAGAGGCGGAGAGGCGACCCAUCACCAAGAUCACACACAAAGGAGAGAUAGAGAUUGAGAGCCAGGAGUCUGGGAAGGCACCAGAAGCCAUAGAGCCCGAGCCAGAGCCUGUGGCUGCUUCCAAAGUGACAGAGGAGCCAGUGGAAGUUCCCCAAGAGAAGACGUUGUCGACAACAACCGAGAGCGUCAAUAUUUUCCAAGAUACAACCAGUCUGCAUAAGAAUCACCUGUUUGACCUCAACUGUAAGAUCUGCACAGGUCGUAUGGCUCCACCUGUGGAGGAGGCUCCUACCAAAGUGGUGAAAGUGGCCACUAGUGUAGUGAGGAGACGGUCUGCUACCAGCACUACAGAGACCGUGAACAAGAACACACAGUCUACUACCUCCAGCACUACAGAGGGACAGACCACGAACACACCGUCUGCCACCACUACCUCUACAGAGGGAGAGACACCCUCCUCAUCUGCUAAGGACGACGACCUUCACCUCAAAGUCCUAGAGGAGAGCCUCCUCAGCGCCAAAACCUUCUCCAACUACAAGGGGAGGUCAGUGUCUAUGAGUGGCAGAGAUGGCGAGGCUUCCUUCCUGUCCAACCUGCAGCCUCUAUGGAGAGGGCUUGUCAACAUGCCUGCUGUGGCCAAGCUCCUCACUAAAGCCUUCCCUGUAUCAGGUGUCCUGGACCACCUGACAGAGGAUCUGCCGGAGAGUUUCCAGAUGGGUGGGAGGAUCUCCCCACAGAUCGUAUGGGACUACCUGGACAAAAUCCGAGCCACUGGAACAAAGGAAGUGUGUUUGAUUCGUUUUUCCCCUGAGACCGACGAGGAUGAGAUCCACUACACUCUGCUCUAUGCCUACUUCAGUAGCCGUAAACGCUUCGGCGUGGUCGCCAACAACUUGAAACAAGUCAAAGACAUGUAUCUCAUCCCCUUGGGUGCUAUUGAGAAAGUCCCACACCAAUUGGUUCCCUUUGAUGGCCCAGGACUGGAAAACAACCGCCCCAACCUCCUGCUGGGUCUGAUCAUCCGCCAGAGGCCUAAACGGGACUUCCUGCCCGUCGACAUCAACGAAACGGCCAGGUUCAUACCGGAGAGCAAACCCGAGACAGAGACGACUACGGUUACUGUAAACAACAAAGAAGUUACCCGGGAGGAGGAGAACUCUUACAUCUCCUCUCUGUGCGCUUCAAGUACUAAAGAAAGGGACAGAGAAGAGAUACCAUUGCUGAACACCGCUGAGGAAGAAGUGGUCACAGCAGAACAGUCUAGUACAGACAUCUCUGAGAAAGCUGAAGGUGAAGAUACUGAAGAGGGGUACCAACCCCUACGUUUCCUUCCGGGGGUGUUGCGUAGUUGGGGCGGGGAGCUUCUGCCCCUGCCAGACUUCUCAGGUAACCCUCCACUGCUGGGUGAUGAUGGUCGAGAGCCCUCGGCUCCACAGACCUCCAAGGCUAACGGAGGUGCAGCAACCACUCCAGGAAGCUCCACCACCACUAAGAGUCCCAGCGCUGGUGCUCACAGACAGACUGGUUUUGUCAUCAAGAAGAGGGAACCCAAAACGGUCAAAGCAGAGGAACCUGUGUCUUCCAGCUUGGCUGAAACGUCUACCGUUAACAACAACGUGUUGGCGAAAGAGGAGGGUGUGGCUUACCGUGGCCCGUCGGUCUCUCUGAAAGACAAACCUCCAGACGUCUCGACAGAGUCGUUCCUGGCCAGCCUCUCCACGGAUCCCAACACAGACGGCUCCUUAAACAAAGGAGAUUCGGCGUUGUGCGAAAAGGACAAAUCCAAAGAAGAGAAGACACCUACUCUCUUGUCUCCUACAGCCACGUCCAACGCUUCUGUCGAGGAAAGCGUCCCCACACCAAAACCCCUUCCGAGUGGAAUCCUGAAGAAAAGCUCUGCGUAUUCCAAUAUGACUGAAGAACCAACUGCUGUCCAAUCAGCAGGAUCACAGGAUCACCCCCAACCUGUUCCUGUCCUGACCACCAGGAAGUAUCGUCCAAUGGCAGCUCAACACGGAUACCCCUCCCACCACCACCAGACUGGCUACAGACGCCCACCUCCAGACCAUGGCCCACUACAGGUUGGUCCCUAUGGUCCCAUCCCCCUCCAGCCUGGAGGACCUCCUGUAGACUACCAGUACCAGCCAGCACCACCUGUCCCCCCCUUCGGUAACACCGCACCGCCACCUUUCCAGCACCCGCCCCAGCUACACACCAACUUCAGCUACCCUACUGGACCCCCACCACCCAUGAUGUACCCGCCACCUCACGACCCACAGAUGCAUAAUCAUGCUGGAAUAACACAAUGGGCUCAACCUGGUCCAGGUCCCACAUCUCCCAACUCUUUCCCCGGGGGGCUACCGUUAGCUUACGGUGGUGACCCUCAGAGGUUUGCCUCUGACUCGUCCAACCCGAACCUGCCCCCAUCCGCCGCUGCCAAAGAGGACCAGAAGGGGGCAGCAGAGAGGAUUCUGUACAGCAGCCCCUGGGACAGGCAGCCCGGGUCGGGCCACAAGAAGGAGGACCGGGACCAGUACGGGAGACACCGGCACCACAGUGAGUCCCGUCACGGAGAGAAGAGCCGGAACCACAGCCAAGAGGGGGGAAGGAAACGGGAUAGAAGCCGGAGCAGAGAGAGAGACCGGAGUAAAGACUCUUCUCACCACAGAGGGAGCCGGCACCACUCUAAAGACGAGCGCCACGGUCACAGCGAGAGGAGGAAAGAACGGCACCAUAGCGACGGUGACCACGGGAACCGUCACAAACACAGCAGGAGAGACUCUGAUUAUGAGAAAUCGAGGAGAAGUUCCAAAGACAGUCACUCAUGAGUUGUUUUGUACGACCCGCCCCGAGAUGGUCGACCCUACAACAGUUUUAGUGGCAUUGUCCCUUUUUAUAUAUAUGUUCUUUUUAAAAUACAGUAGAGGUCAACACUUUCAGUAGGAUUAUUAACACAUUCUGAGAUCUGCUUUCUUAAAAACCAACCGUUAAGGCUUUGAGGUGAUAUUUCAAGUUUUGAAAAUCUCCAGUUUUUUAAAGUGUUAAUUUGACUGUAUAUUUCUGCAUGUCACAUGGUGACUUGAUGCACUGAGCAUUGUGCUCUGAUAUAGAUCCCAACCAGUGGUUAAAGGGAUAGCUCAAUGAUUUGACAUGUGUUUCCAUACCUUUUAAAAAGCAGUCUAUGGAUAAGGAGGCAGCAAUGAUUUGGGCAUGAUAUUUAACACAUGCUAAACUGACUUAGACAGGGAAAUGAUCCCAAAACGCUAAUGUUGCUAAUACUUAGUGUGGAUUGUAGUCGUUCCUCUUGUCCAUAGAUUGUUUUCAGGGUAAAGAAACAAAUCUUUUAAUAUGUAAAAUCGCUGAACUAUUCUUUGAAUGUUUUCUAUAGCAUGAAACACAAAAUGACAGGCAUACCCAGAUGGACUGUUGGAGAUGGAGGGGAAGUUCUGGUCACCUCAGCAAUUUGACAUGAAUUUAAUACAGAGGAGAGAGAAACUACUAACUAUUUUGAGUAGCAGAAAACAACAAAACAUUUUAAUUAAAGCAGCUUCUCUUAUUCUGUUUUUUCCAUUUUAUUUUUUUAAAUUGCUAUACAGAAAUAAAUUUGUUUUUUUUCUAUCGACAAAUAUUGUCUAUGUACAUUUUGGCUUGUCAUGUACAUUCGAAGUGUGUCUUCUGCACUGUGUUCAUGUACAGCUGGUAAUAAAGGUGAUCGUUUUAUUGUU